CAGCUCGAGUGAGGCAGCGGGGCCGGAGCGACACGCCCGCUCACAGCAGAGCCCUAAAAAAGAAAAGAAGAAGAAAAGAAAAAAUAGAAGAGGGACACAGCCGGGUCACAGGAGCCCAACAGGCGUCCAGGAAACGGCUCGCGGGUCAGGGACUUGGCCAAAGGAGGCGGGCGGCAGUUUGUUAUUGGAAAAGCUGACAAGAGAGGAAGGGAGCAGGGAGGGGAGAGGAAGAAAGAGAGAGAGAGAGAGAGAGAGGUGGCUGCCUGACUUUGACUCUGGUCAGUGAAGGCCUCAUGCAGCUUCUGUAGCAGCAACUCAACCCUAUUAUUUUAUUUGCCUGACACAGCCGCUCACCAGGGGGCUCGCCACUGAGAGGAAGAGAGGAAGUGAAGAGAGAGAGAGAGGAAUACUGAGGGAACGGGGAGGAAGAGAGAAAAAGAAUCAUGAUGACCCAAGAACAGUGCACUCAUAGGAACAAUGUCCAGAGUUCAGAGAAGCCACAAGUGUACAAAGUGGGAAUAUACGGCUGGAGGAAGCGCUGCCUUUACUUCUUCAUCCUGCUGCUGAUGAUCCUGAUCCUGAUCAACCUGGCACUAACUAUCUGGAUCCUCAAGGUCAUGAACUUCACCAUCGACGGCAUGGGCAACCUGAGAAUAACAGAGAAGGGCCUGAAACUGGAAGGGGACUCCGAGUUCCUCCAACCUCUCUAUGCCAAAGAAAUCCAUUCCAAACCAGGCCGCCCGCUGUUGCUGCAGUCGUCCAGAAACAUAUCGGUCAACAUCGUCAACAGCAACAACCAGCUGCUCACGCAAUUUGUCACAGGAUCCAGUGGAAUUCAAGCGCGAGGCAAGUUGUUUGAAGUCAUAUCGACCUCCGGGAAGCUCCUCUUCUCCGCCGACGAGCAGGAGGUGGUGGUGGGCGCCGAGAGGCUCCGGGUGAUGGGGGCCGAAGGAGCCGUGUUCAGCAAAUCGGUGGAGACGCCACACGUCAGGGCGGAGCCUUUCAAAGAGCUGAGGCUCGAGUCUCCCACUCGCUCCCUAGUGAUGGAGGCUCCUAAAGGCAUCCAGAUCCUGGCGGAGGCAGGAGACAUCCAGGCUAUCUGCAGGAACGAGCUGCGACUGGAGUCCAAAGACGGAGAGAUCUCUUUGGACGCACGGAGGAUUCGCCUCAUGCGGCUGCCUGAAGGGAAGGCCUCCACCAGCUCCUCGUCCUCUGGGAACAGGCAGACUGUCUACGAGGUUUGCGUUUGUCCCAACGGGAGGCUCUUCCUGUCCCAGGCCGGCACUGGAUCCACCUGCCAGAUCAGCAACAAUGUCUGCCUCUAGGACUGAUACGUACGAAUAUAAUUAAAUACGCCGAUAUCCUGAAAGAAAAACAGGCAAAAACAGACAGAUGUACACAUAUUGCCGACCUCCAGGAUCGAAAAACAGCAAACGCUCCAUACAAAGACUGCCUGAGGAAAAUAUCAAGAAUCUGUACAUUUACACAUUGCAAUUACACACUCAGACUGAUGUUUCGGCUAAAUCGAUAUGUUUAACAGGCCAAUACUGAAAAUGUUGGAUUGACGCUGCUGACAGCUGGUCUUUUGUGCCAAUAUUUCAAUGCUAAAAGAUAUUUUCUCCCUUAAUUUUCUAUGUUUCAGAGUGGAAAACCUUUGGAAUCAGCAUUUAGAGCAUCGCGGGACACUCUUCACUGUGUCAUACACAUCGCUCUAAGCUCUUUAUACAUACGGCACUGCAGGAGUUAUUAGGCUUUUAAACGGAAAUACAUGAAGAAAAGAAAAAAAUGUCAUUGCAGGUUUUCACAACUUUUUUAUACAACUGAGGUCAUAUUUGGAAUAUACAUACGACACUGACUGGCUGUUCAAUAAAAGGACAAUAAUGGUAA